CUCCUGGGGACGGGCGCGGGCUCUGGUUGGUCGAAGCGGAGUCACAAGGGCGCCGUCGUCGCCUUUCCAGAGGCGAUUACUGGGCAGGCUCAGUCUUUCGCCUCAGUCUCGAGCUCUAGCUGGCAGCGAGGCGUACGUGCUCCGGGAUCCUCUGUGCCCGUAGCCGCCGUCGACGUCGCCUAGUUCCUCUAGGUUUGUCUCCGCCACCUGCCCGAUACAUACUCCGCCGUCAUAAGCCGCCAUCAUGGUGAAGCUCGCUAAGGCAAGUAAAAAUCAAGGUGACCCCAAGAAAAUGGCUCCUCCCCCAAAGGAGGUAGAAGAAGAUAGUGAAGAUGAGGAAAUGUCAGAAGAUGAAGAUGAUGACAGCAGUGAAGAAGAGGUUAUCAUCCCUCAGAAGAAAGGCAAGAAGGCUACUGCAACCCCAGCAAAGAAGGUGGUGGUUUCUCCAACAAAAAAGGUUGCAGUUGCCAUACCUGCGAAGAAAGUAGCUGUCACCCCAGGCAAAAAGGCAGCAGCCCCACAGGCCAAGAAGAUGGUUACACCAGCCAAAGCAGUUGUUACACCUGGCAAAAAGGGAGCCACACCAGCCAAAGCACUGGUAGCAACCCCUGGUAAGAAGGGAGCUGCCACCCCAGCCAAGGGGGCAAAGAAUGGCAAGAAUGCCAAGAAGGAAGACAGUGAUGAUGAGGAGGAUGACAGCGAGGAGGACGAUGAAGAUGAGGAUGAUGAUGAAGAUGAGGAGGAGGAUGAAUUUGAACCAGUGGUGAUUAAAGCAGCAGCUGCUGCCCCUGCAUCAGAGGAUGAGGAUGAUGAGGAUGAUGAAGAUGAAGAGGAUGAGGAUGAGGAGGAUGACGAAGAAGAUGACUCUGAAGAAGAAGCUAUGGAGACCACACCAGCCAAAGGAAAGAAAACUGCAAAAGCUGUAACUGUGAAAGCUAAGAGCACGCCUGAGGAUGAAGAUGAAGAGGAGGAAGAUGAGGAUGAGGAUGACGACGACGAUGAUGAAGAUGAUGAGGACGAUGAUGAUGAAGACGAGGACGAGGAGGACGAGGAGGAAGAGCCUGUCAAAGAAGCGCCUGGAAAACGAAAGAAGGAAAUGACCAAACAGAAAGCAGCUCCUGAAGCCAAGAAACAGAAAGUGGAAGCCACAGAACCAACUACAUCUUUCAAUCUCUUUAUUGGAAAUCUGAACUCUAACAAAUCUGCUCCCGAAUUAAAAACUGGUAUCAGUGAUGUUUUUGCUAAAAAUGAUCUUGCUGUUGUGGAUGUCAGAAUUGGUAUGACUAGAAAAUUUGGCUAUGUGGAUUUUGAAUCUGCUGAAGACCUGGAAAAAGCUUUGGAGCUCACUGGUUUGAAAGUCUUUGGCAAUGAAAUUAAACUAGAGAAACCAAAAGGCAAAGACAGUAAGAAAGAUCGAGAUGCCAGAACACUUUUGGCGAAAAAUCUUCCUUAUAAAGUCACUCAGGAUGAAUUAAAAGAAGUGUUUGAAGAUGCUCUGGAGAUCAGAUUAGUCAGCAAGGAUGGGAAGAGUAAAGGAAUUGCUUAUAUUGAAUUUAAGACAGAAGCUGAUGCAGAGAAAACCUUUGAAGAAAAGCAGGGAACAGAGAUUGAUGGGCGAUCCAUUUCCCUCUACUACACUGGAGAGAAAGGUCAAAGUCAAGACUAUAGAGGUGGAAAGAAUAGCACCUGGAGUGGUGAGUCGAAAACUCUGGUUUUAAGCAACCUCUCCUACAGUGCAACAGAAGAAACUCUUCAGGAAGUAUUUGAGAAGGCAACGUUGAUCAAAGUGCCCCAGAACCAAAAUGGCAAAUCUAAAGGGUAUGCAUUUAUAGAAUUUGCUUCAUUUGAAGAUGCUAAAGAAGCUUUAAAUUCCUGUAAUAAAAGGGAAAUUGAGGGCAGAGCAAUCAGGCUGGAGUUGCAAGCGCCCAGGGGAUCACCUAAUGCCAGAAGUCAGCCAUCCAAAACCCUGUUUGUCAAAGGUCUGUCUGAGGAUACCACUGAAGAGACAUUGAAGGAGUCAUUUGAUGGCUCUGUUCGUGCAAGGAUAGUCACUGAUAGGGAAACUGGAUCCUCCAAAGGGUUUGGUUUUGUAGACUUCAACAGUGAGGAAGAUGCCAAAGCAGCAAAGGAGGCCAUGGAAGAUGGUGAAAUUGAUGGAAACAAAGUUACAUUGGACUGGGCCAAGCCGAAGGGUGAAGGUGGCUUUGGGGGUCGCGGUGGAGGCAGAGGAGGCUUUGGAGGCAGAGGUGGUGGCAGAGGAGGCCGAGGCGGAUUUGGUGGCAGAGGCCGGGGAGGCUUUGGAGGCCGAGGAGGCUUCCGAGGUGGAAGAGGAGGAGGAGGAGACCACAAGCCACAAGGAAAGAAGACGAAGUUUGAAUAGCUUCUGUCCCUAUGUCUUUCCCUCUUCCAUUUGAAAGAAAGGACUCUGGGGUUUUUACUCUGUUACGUGAUCAAUGACAGAGCCUUCUGAGGACAUUCCAAGACAGUAUACAGUCCUGUGGUCUACUUGGAAAUCCAUGUAGAUACCAUUUCAAGAGCGAUACCCUGUUGGUUUUGACUGGAUAUUCAUAUAAACUUUUUAAAGAGAUGAGUGAUAGAGCUAACCCUUAUCUGUAAGUUUUGAAUUUAUAUUGUUUCAUCCCAUGUACAAAACCAUUUUUUCCUACAAAUAGUUUGUUUUUGUUUUUCUGUUUUUUGGGUUUUUUUUGUGUGUGUUGGGGGGGUUGUAAAGGAAGGCAGAAUGUUUUAUCAUGGUUUUUGCUUCAGCUUUAGGACAAAUUAAAAGUCAAUUCUGGUUGCCAGA